CUAAAUGAUCUGUUCGGAAUGCUCUGAUGGAACUGAAAUUGUUAAACACGCCUAAAGUAGACUUGUAGAAAAAGUCUAUUUAAUAUUUAUGGCAAACAGCAGAAAUGAUUAAUUGUGAAAGUGUAUUAGUGAGUGUCAUUAUAUGCACGUGGAGUAUCCAUGAAGGAUGUCAUGUAAAUGAUUGGCCAAAUUCCUGUCAAGCCAACUUUAUGAUAGGAUCUCAGGGCUGCGAACCUUGCGCAACUGGUAGUUAUGGGUGUAACUGUUCUGUACGGUGCUUAGAUAAUACAUAUGGUCAUGGAUGUUACCAUGUUUGUAACUGUUCUGCAGAUGAAUAUUGCGAUCCUGUUGAAGGUUGCACAAUCAACGGUAGUACAAUAAACCAAACAAAAGAGCUGCAUAACACUACGCAAUACCCGCUGAACGUUAGGAGGAAUAAUUUAACUAUUCCAUAUGCAAAGGGUGAUGCAUACCAAUUGCUGAAAGUUGUCGGAAUUACCAUAGCCCCACUACUGGUGCUAGGUGUUAUAUUUAACGUGUUUUGCUUUUGUGUCUUACACAGACGGAAAUCAGACAAAUUUUCCCUUGGAACAGAAGCAAAAUCUAAAGAAAAUGUACGUGCAUCUGGGACUGAUGAAGUAAACAAAGAUGUUUGUUCGUAUCUAACAAUAAGUGACAGGUCUGCAAGAUCUUAUGCAGAUGUAAACUAUGACGACAUAGAAGAGAGGGAUAAGAGUCCUACUACCUCAAUUUGCAGCAUAAAAGGAAAAACUAGCAACGAAUGUGACGCCAUCAAUGUGUCAGAGGGUGAUUUGAAUCCUUGUGUAAAGACUGAUCAGAAGGUGAAAUCAGGCUGUCAAAGAUCCAGUGAUUAUGAGGAAAUGAACUUCCCUACUAAAACCUAAACACUUACUCAUACAUUUUUGGUUAAAUUUAAAUGGUUCAUGUAUUUGUUUUAUUUAUAAGGCGUGCAAAAAAAUAAAAUUCUAAAUCGGUUAGCAUAAAACUGUAUACUUUUUUUCUUAAGCCUAAUAAUUCAGUGUUAUUUAGUCACAAUGUAAUAUGUAAUUUUGAGUAUUCUCAAUCUUUGUUUGUAAAACUUGGUCAUAGAUGUAAUGCCUAGGGUACCAAAAUUACGUGAUUAAAAAUAUGGCAGUCUUUUUAACCAGAGAAUAUGAAAAUAUCUACUUAUAUCGAUCGUUAUUUCACACACAUGAAAGGUAAUAACAUUUCAAAUAUUUUUGAAUGCAAAGUGUGUGGAAUUCAAAGCUACUGCAAUUUAAGCACCAUAACGCAGACAGGGCACUCAAAGAUUAAAUAA